GAAUGGCUCUGGUUAACUGUUUCCUUCCUCUUUGAAACAAUAAUCAAAUAUAAACACCAUUAAGCCAUAGUGCAGGCGGUGUUUUGUGUAGAAUUGGUUUACUUGAACUUUAUUGCAUCGCUGAGUGCCCCAUUAAGAUACAGUCGAAAGUGGCAUAAUUGCUUCUGAAGAACUCCGGGCAAAUACGGUCUAUUGAUGCACACCAGCGAGGUAAAAGCCCGAUCUUCCUGUAAUUUUUCCUGAAAAAUAAGUAAAUCGCGUUCGUCUCCGCGUUGCGUAAAGGCGACACCGGAGAGCUCGAGGGCUGUGGAGACACGCUCCACGCGCACGGCUGUUAAUUGAGUUCAGUCCAGUCACUCCAGCCUAAUUGGUUUAAUGGCGCGAGCACACGCCGCCGCUGAAGCCUAAUGACCAGCAAACACCGGCGAGAGUGCGGCGAGCGAAGUGGCCGCAUGAGCUCUUGUUUGUUGUCGCCAAGAUACCUGCGUGCGGAGACCGUGGACCCAUGCGUGCGAAAUGGUGUUAAAUGAUGCAUUUACAAAAGUAUAAUGGGCGCGUUUUAAACGUUAGAGGGGGGAAAAGCAGAUAAAUGAAAAAAGUGGGCUGUGUGUGGUGUUUGAGCUUUUCGCCAGAGUUUCCAAGACAACUGUUUCUCCAUCCACGUCUCUUAUCUGGCGGGUCAACCAAUGUUUGCGCCCAUACGUAUCGAUUUAUCAACCUCAGUGUGCACACGAGAGAUAUAUCCAUAUAAAAUGUCGAUGGCUGUGCUGUUUGAGGACAAUCCAGCUUGCCUUGCGUGAGAAUCGUGCUCCUUCCAGACGCUCUUGAUUAAUAACUCCCUCUUUUGCCCCACAUGUGGAGGGAGCAGUUGCACGGUCACCUGUUUUUGUUGUUGUUGUUGCUGCUGCUGCUGUUGGGGUCAGACACAGGUGGAUGCCAGGUAAACCUUGGGGUAUUUACAGAGUAGCAUUGAUUUACGCGCAGUUGUUCAGUUGGCUGGAAAAAAAAAAGCUCCCACGAACUGCAGAAUAUCCUGGAAACUGGGAGCUAUCGGCCUGCCGUUUUUGAGCAAACAGUGAAACCAAUGGCUUGGGCGCUACAGGAUCACAUGGUGGCAGAGUGACACACCUGUGUGGAGCAGUAAGGGCCUCGCAGUUGCGCCUGAGGCAGGUAGAGCUGAAGGUUUACGCCGAGGUAGGGCGCAGGUUACGGUGCGUGUGUGUGCGCACGGGUCCUCGCCAGCCAUGAAUCGGGAAGAUCAUUUUUAUCCCUCUCAGGUUUUUAAAGACUCCUGCGCGUACCAGAGAUCACAGGGUGAUGACUACAGCCACAGCAGCCCGCCACCCUGCCUCUACAUGAGCAGGCAGGUCCACUCCGUCUACACACCGCCGUCCAUGGGAGCCUUGGAGCAGGCCGGCCUUCCUGACAUUGCUACCACUUACAGUUUGCCGAGUAUGCGGGAGGAUCCUGGCGUGCCCCAGCUCCUCCACCACCAGCAGCAACAGCAGACCCUCCAGCCGCCUCCAGGCUACAGUGACCCCGUGGAACAGAGCAGAUAUCACCUGCCAUUCCCCUGGAUGAAAACCACUAAAUCCCACUCACACACCUGGAAAGGACAGUGGGCAGGGUCAUACGUGAUGACUGAGAAUGAAGAAAACAAACGCACGAGGACUGCGUACACGCGCGCCCAGCUGCUGGAGCUCGAGAAGGAGUUCCUUUUCAACCGCUACAUCUCGAGGCCGAGGCGCGUGGAGCUGGCGCUGACCCUCAGCCUCACCGAGCGCCACAUCAAGAUCUGGUUCCAGAACAGGCGCAUGAAGUGGAAGAAGGAGGAGGACCGGAGGAGGGCGAGGGGGGCCGACCCCGACCAGGACUCCUCCAUCACCUCUGGGGACCAGGGGGAGGCCGCGGGAGGGGUUUCCUCCUCAAACGGACCUCACGCCACCACACCCCCCGUGUCCCCUCUGCACGGUCUGUCUGCCUCCGGCUCCAGAGAGAGCGCAUAGAUACAGCGGAUCUAUUUUGAAGACUUUAAGAUUUUUAAGACUCAGACCUGAACUCAUAUUUAAGGGAUCAUUUUAACUUUGACUGAAACUCAAAUCCAAGUUUUAGGAAACAUGUACAUAUAUAUUUUUUUUUCUGAAAAGAUUGAGGGUGAUUAUGGGGGGGAAUGUCUUAAGAGUUCAUGUAUCAGGUAUUUCUGUAAAGUCCUCGUUUACAGGGACCCCUCAGAAAUUUCUCUUGGACCACCAUAAGCCCCCUGACUGGAUUUCACAGUCUGUUAUUUCUGGACUUAUUUAGUGACAUUUCUUUAUCGCUAAACAUCCUCUGAGAUAGGUUCAACACCAGAUGGCACGCGGAGACAACAAAUUCACCGAGGACGAACUCCUUUCCCGACAGCGGACCACAGACAUGAUUAUCAGUGCUGUUGUUUUCCAUACAUCAGUGUACACUUGUAUAUACACUAAGAUGUAUUAUGGAGAUUGUUAAUUAGAAUCAAUGAUCCACAUGUUUUAUUGAUUGGAGAUUUUAUGGAUACAUUCAGAAUUAAAAUAUACCACAGCCCUUGAGCUGAGUGAUGAGG